AUGGAUAACCUGAUAUUUAUUCAAUCUUUGACUCAAAAAGUAUGUGCUAUUUUGUCAUUUAUUUCCAAUAGUUUGUUGAUUCAACUCGUUUUAUACCGAUCCCCAGAUGGAGUUGGAAUGUAUAAAUAUCUUAUGGUUUAUAUUUCCGCGUUUGAAUUGCUUUACGCAUUUUUGGGAUUGAUUGUACAACCGGAGUUUUACAGCUACAGUUCCGUAAUACUAGUAAUUGCUAGAACAGAUCGGUUUGGGUUACCAGUGUGGAUCAUCCGAGUUAUCAACACUUUGUUCUGUAAUAUGUUCGGGAUAUCUAUGGCGAUGUUUACGAUACAUUUCAUAUACAGAUACUGUGUUAUUAUUGGAAGCCCGAUGAUCCGAAUGGACUCUGCAUUCAAAGUUUGCAUCUGGUUUCUGUCCCCGAUUUUAUAUGGAUUCGUGUGGGGUAUUUUUCUUGUGGGAACACUUGGUCCCAGUGAAUCCACCAAUAUAGUACUUGGGGAACGUUUUCUUCCUUUUCGUCAUAUCACAAUCGAUCAAAUUACAUACGUCGGUCCCAACUAUUACACAAGAGAUUUAAAUGGAACUGAGACUUUGAAUUUGAUCGUUUGUGGAGGAAUGGCUGGUCUCACUAUAAUGGUGACAAUAUCCUUUGCUACCAUUUCAAUUUUUGCCUAUAAAUGCUAUAAAGGAGUUGGAAAUCUUCUACACGAUUCUCAACACUCGGAGGGUUAUAAAAUUUUACAAUCUCAACUUCUGAAUAUGUUAGUAGUACAAGUAACUAUUCCGUUUGUUUUGAUGCACGGCCCUGCUUCAUUCAUGUUCACUGGACCCAUUUUGCAUUUUGGGAAUGAGAUUGCUGGUGGAUUGUUUUGUAUUGCUGUGGCAGUAUAUCCAGUGUUGGACCCUUUACCUACCAUGUUUAUGGUACAACAUUAUAGACAAGUAUUGAAAGAAAUGAUAAAGAAAAAAACGAAGUGGAUGGUAGGAGAUGAACAUAUAAGACAGGCCAAAUUUGAAAAUUUCAUCUUUUGA